AUGUAUUCUAUGAUACUCCAUGGAAGAAGGUCGCUAGAGCUACACAAAUGGCUUAACUUGAGAGUUUCAGUGCAAAAUGUAUUUUCCUUUUCUUCUACUGCUAGUGCUAGAGAUGGUAAAAAAGAGCAGGUUUUUACUUUCAGUUACCUCGUUGAUUCCUUGGGUUUAACUGCAACACAAGCAGAAUCAAUCUCAAAGAAAGUCGGCUUCAAAGACAAGGGAAAUCCUGAUUCAGUCCUGAGUCUAUUUAGAAAGUAUGGUUUCACAGAUUAUCAGAUCUCCAGCAUCAUUAAAAACUAUCCACGGUUGCUUCUAUUAGAUGCUGAGAAACGUCUUGGUCCCAAGCUUCAGUUGCUGAAGUCAAUGAAAGGAUCUUCAAGCUCUCACCAGCUCAUCGACACUGUCACAAAAGUUCCUAAACUGUUGGGAAUGAAAGGAGACAAAACCAUAAGCAGAUACUAUGAUGUUGUCAAAGAGACUAUCAAAUCUGAUAAGAGUUCCAAAGAACUUGGAGUUCCUCAGAGGCUGUUACACCCUUUGCUCGUCUCGGACCGCAAACUUGCCUGUGGAGAUGAAAAAUUUAAAGAAUCUCUCAAAAAGGUUGUUGAGAUGGGUUUUGAUCCGACAAGCUCACAGUUUGUUCAAGCUCUAGGAGCUGUUCAUUUGUUGAGUGACAAAGCUAUAGAAGAGAAAGUCAAUGUCUACAAGAAGUUAGGCUUGUCUGAAAGAGAUGUAUGGGAGAUGUUCAGGAAGUAUCCCAUCUCUAUUAGAUUCUUGGAGGAGAAUAUAACUCAGACGUUUGAAGUCCUGAAGAAAUGUGGACUAACAGAAGAAGAGAUCCUCUCAGUGUUCAAGAAGUAUCCCCAAUGCAUUGGUUAUUCAAGGCAGAAGAUAUUCAACUCCCUUAAAACAUUUUUUGGGCUUGGAUUUAACAUUAAUGAGUUUGUGAUGAUGGUCAAGCGUUUCCCAGAGGUACUUAACAUAUCUCCAGAGAAGGUGAAGAAAAGAACAAGGUUUCUUGUGAAGAAGAAGAAUAAGUUUAUGGUGAGGAAGAUGAAAUGGUCCAUAAAGGCCUUGGUUUCAUACCCUGAGGUGCUUGGAAUUAGCAUGAAGAAGAGGAUUGUACCAAGGUGUAACGUUAUGAAAGCACUCAUGUCCGAAGGGUUGCUUGGAGACAGAGAAAAUAAACUAGAUGAAAAGGAAUCUGUCUUGUUGUGUACUGAUCAAGAAUUUUUAGACAGGUUUGUGAGGAAUCAUGAUGACAAGGAGCUUGAGGCUGAGUUAAUGGCUAUCUUCACCGGAGAUUGUGCUUCAUAG